AUCGGCGCUAAGACGCAACAUGUUUCACCGUGGACGGCCUAUAAAUGAUUCAGCCCGCCCCCUCCCCCCAACGGCAGAGAGGAGGAGCUCAUGCUCAGCUCGCCAGCCAUAGGACAGCUAGGCGUAUUGCACAAUAUCUCGCCAUCCCAGCCCCGCCUCUCCUGCAGACCCCGCCAAGAUGAGCACCUCACGCCUGUUCAGCCCGCUCGUCGUGGGCAACGUGACGCUCGAGCAGCGCAUCGCCCUGGCGCCACUAACACGCUUCCGGUCCUCGGGCGACCACGUGCCCAGCGACCUCAACCUCGAGUACUACUCGCAACGCGCCAGCGAGCCCGGCACGCUGCUCGUCACCGAGGGCACGUUCAUGUCGGCCGCGGCCGGCGGCUACGCCAACGUGCCGGGCAUCUACACGGCGGCGCAGGCGGCCGCAUGGCGCACCAUCACCGACGCCGUGCACGCCCGCGGCAGCUUCAUCUUCUGCCAGCUGUGGGCGCUGGGCCGCGCCGCGAACCCGGCCGUCGCCGCGCAAGAAGGGAUUUCCAUCAAGAGCGCCAGCGCAGUCCCCAUCGGCGACAAGUACCCGGUCCCGGAGGCGCUGACAACCGAGGAAAUCGCCCAGACCGUCCGCGACUUCGCGGCGGCGGCCCGCCUCGCCAUUGAGGUCGCCGGCUUCGACGGCGUCGAGAUCCACGCCGCCAACGGAUACCUGCUCGACCAGUUCCUGCAGGACACGUGCAAUAAGCGCGGCGACGGCUACGGCGGCAGCGUGGCCAACCGCUCGCGGCUCGCCGUCGAGGUCGUCGACGCCGUCGUCGAGGCCGUCGGCCCCGCCAGAACCGCGAUCCGCAUCAGUCCCCACAGUACCUACCAGGCCAUGGGCAUGGCGGACCCCGUCUCGCAGUUCUCGGACCUCAUCGCGCGCAUCGCGCUGCUGGGCCUCGCGUACCUGCACGUCGUGCAGCCGUUCGCCAGCGACGACGGCAACGCUGCUGCUGCCGACGCCCCCGAGACACCACAAGAGACCGUCGACUUCGUCGCGCGCCUGUGGGCGGGGACUGGCAGCACGCUGCUCGUGGCGGGCGGUCUGGCGUCGGCCGCGGACGCAAGAGAUCUAGUUGAUGAGAGAUUCGCUGGCCAGAAUGUGGUUGCCGUGUUCGGGCGGUAUUUCAUUGCCAACCCGGACCUCGUGUUCCGCGUCCGCGAGGGCGUCGAGCUAGCGGGCUAUGAUAAGACGACGUUUUACAAGCGCCAGUCGCCGGACGGGUAUGUCGAUUAUCCGUUCAGUGAGCAGUAUGAGGCGCUGCAUGGUGCCCAGGCCCGAGGGGGGGCGGUGAGGGCGCAGAUUUAGGGAUCCAUUGGGAUUAGACGGGGAG